UUUUGAAGAGACCGGGUAGCGGGGGGCUCGUCAGAUCCAGGGACCCGAAACAAGCAGCCGCGGACUCUGAGAAGCCAGCAGCUCCGGGCUUGGCAGCAGCGGCCCCGCUGGCCGGAGCGGGGGGGGGGGGCGCCGAGUGUGCGGGGAGGGGGGUCCUGGUCCUCGUCUCCUCGACUUGGUCGCGCCUCGACAACGAACAUGUCUCGGCCUGUCAGAAAUAGGAAGGUCGUUGAUUACUCACAGUUUCAGGAGUCAGAUGAUGCAGAGGGAGAUUAUGGAAGAGAUUCAGGCCCUCCUGCUAAGAAGAUUCGGUCAUCUCCCCGAGAGACUAAAAAUAAGAGGCGAUCUGGCAAAAAUUCACAAGAAGACAGUGAAGACUCAGAAGAAAAAGAUGUGAAGAGCAAGAAGGAUGAUUCUCACUCAGCAGAAGACAGUGAAGAUGAAAAAGAUGACCAUAAAAGUGUACGCCAGCAGCGGCAGGCAGCAUCGAAAGCAGCUUCUAAGCAGAGAGAGAUGCUCUUGGAAGAUGUGGGCAGCGAGGAGGAGCCGGAAGAAGAUGAUGAGGCGUCAUUCCAGGAGAAAGAUUCUGGCAGCGACGAAGAUUUCCUAAUGGAGGACGACGAUGAUAGUGAUUAUGGCAGUUCAAAAAAGAAAAACAAAAAGAUGGUUAAGAAGUCCAAACCUGAGAGGAAAGAAAAGAAAAUGCCCAAACCCAGACUAAAGGCUACAGUGACACCAAGUCCAGUGAAAGGCAAGGGGAAAGUGGGUCGCCCCACGGCUUCAAAGACAUCAAAGGAAAAAACUCCUUCUCCCAAAGAAGAGGAUGAGGAAGCAGAAAGCCCUCCAGAAAAGAAGACAUCUGCAAGCCCCCCACUCGAGAAGUCUGGAGAUGAAGGGUCUGAAGAUGAAGCGGCAUCUGGGGAAGAUUAAAAGUGAUAUUUGGGGAGAGGUUUUAUUAAAAAAACAAAACAAAAAAGGAAACCUAUGUAGGACACGGUUUGGGCUGUGGCUUGACUCAUGGGCUUUCAGUGCUAUUUCAUUUGUCUAGAAUAAUGUUUUUCUCUCUACCAUCUAUCUUUCUCAAAACCAUUGUAUGCUGAUGUGUUUAAGUUGCCAUUUUGUCUCAGUCUUUUCUCUGCCAGUCCCCCCAACCCCCACGAAAGCCAUGUCAAUCAAUCACUGGAUUGACCAUUUCAUGUGUUAAUAGCAGGAAGGAAUGCCACGGCCGCACAGCAGUAAGAUUUGAGGUGGGCGCUAUGGAAGCUGCUUUUUACUAGCAACUUGAACAAUAAUCAAAAACAAAAAUCUAGAAAGGUUUUAAUUAAACAGUUGCUUUUUCUUCUCCUGUACUUUUGACAGACCAGUUGUCAUUUAACAUGAGCUUAUAUGUCUAAACUGUAAAUGUCAAAAAGAAUCAUGACUCUAAAUUUGUCCGGUGAGGCAGUUGGGAGGCGAACAUGAAUUCUGGGUUGCUAACUCAGUACGCAGUUACUCCCAGGUGUGGAGGGAGGCCGUCCUGGAACUCAGUAUACUCGCUGUUCUCAGAGAUGCGGGUCCACCGGUUCUUUCGUCUUGAUAAUGGGCUUCUGUCUUUUCUUACUGGGCCACCAGAAUGAGUCUUAAUUUCAUAUUUCAUUCAUGUUUUCAUUGAUUCAAGUUUUUAAAGUACAUCCUGUUUUCUGGUAAAGUUUUACCAAUGGUCAAAAAUUAAAAAGAUUGCUUUGAAUUUCAAUGACAAAAAAAAAUAAA